UGAAAAAUUAUAGAUAGAUAAAUAAUGGUUUUAUUGGUUCAUAAUAAAAAAAAUACAUUGCCAGAUUACUGAAGAAUUAUCAGAUAAAACCAUAUAGUAACGCCAUCUCUUGAGUGUUUCAGUGUUCAGAACAGUUCUAUGUAGUUGUGUUGUUUGAAUAAGGUUAUUGUUGCUAUGUAUUAAAAUUUGAAAACUUUUUAUUUCGUUGAAAAUUUUAAAAGCCACAAUUAUCAGAAUUAAAUAAUAUCGUUGGAAAUUUAUCAUUCGAUUAUAAUCUGUAAUAGGUUAAAUUUGUGAUAAAAAAAAUUUUAGAAAAGAAAUUAAUGAUCAUGAAAAAUACUCAUGUCUUGCAGAACCAACGAUGUGAUCAAACCCUUAAUUUCAAUAAUUAUACCAAUACACAAUGGAGAAGAAUGGAUCGAUACCUGCUUCGAGUCAAUUUUGAGACAAACUAUAAUAUCUGUGAUACAUGUAGAAAUAGCUAUUUGUGACGAUGCUAGUACAGACAAAACUUUGGAAAUUCUGGACAAAUGGAAAGAUAUAUUUAAUAAAAUGUCAAUUUCAUUACAUAUUUUUAAAAAUGAAACUGGUCUUCCAAAAGGAGUCGGCUAUGCUAAGAACAGAGCAGUAGAAAUUUCAUCUGGAGAUUAUUUGUGCUUUCAAGAUAUUGAUGAUAUUAUGCUUCCAAAAAGAAUAGAGACUCAAUACAAGUUGGCUAAAACAAACCAAAGUGCAUUUUGUGAUCAGAUUAUUGGAGGUAGAUUCAAAAGAAAACCUGAAAACUCUACAGAAAGAUUUGUACGGUGGGCUAACAAUCUGAUUCAUGAGCAGCUUCAGAUUCAAAUUUAUACAUCUUAUGGACCAACAGUCAUAAUGCCAACCUGGUUUUGCCAUAGAAAUGUUUUCAAUAAUGUUCCUGGUGGAUUUUCUGAAAAAGGCUAUGGUACACCAGAAGAUUUAAUAUUUUUUUAUGCUCAUAUAGAAAAUAAUGGAUCUGUUCUGAGAACAGAUGAAGUGAUUUUAGAAUACUUAUUCCAUCCUGGAGCAACGACAUUAUCUAUAAAACAAGAAACAAUAUUUGAGUUGAGAGUUCAACAAGUUGAAAAAAGAGUUCUAUUUAAAUGGCCAUCAUUUACUAUAUGGAAUGCUGGAAAGGAGGGUAGAAAAUUCUUCAGAACUUUGCGUGAGAAGUUUCAGAAAAGGGUAAUAGCUUUUUGUGAUGUUGACAAGAAAAAAAUUGGGAAAAAGUACACUCCUUAUGAUCAUUCAAUCAGACGAUCCAAGGUGCCUAUACCCAUUGAACAUUAUUCUAUAGCUAAACCACCCUUUAUUAUUUGUGUCAAACUAGAUAUGACUAAUGGUAUUUUUGAAAAAAAUCUGAAUUCAUUGAAUUUAAAAGAAGAUAAAGAUUAUAUUCUAUUUAACUGAACAUGUUAUCGUUACAUAAAUCUUAACUAGAAACUAUAAAUUGUAUUAUACUAUUACAU